GCGUUAGGUAGCCGGCUUCCACAGUUUUCCACUCUCUCUUUCUCCCCUUAUAGAUUGUUUUGUUCGUUUGAAAUGGUCUCCCAUAGAUUAAUCAACGGUUAAUAUAAACACUUAUUUAAAUAAUUUAGUUACUUGUCCGGAAAAACAAUUCUUGUAUAAAAUCCAUCAAAGCCAACUCAAACUCUUUCUCAAGUCUCAUCUGAAGCUUAUGCCGACGGGAUUAAAUCCGGCAAUGUCGAUCUUUCGCGCGUUUUUCUUGGUUUGUGUUCUUCAUUCAGUAUUAGUUUCAGCUCAAAGAUCUACUAGAAAAGCUUCUCCAUGGCAGACCUUAAGUGGAAAUGAACCUUUAGUUAUAGCUAGAGGUGGAUUUUCAGGUCUGCUUCCCGAUUCCAGCGAAGAUGCAUACAAUUUUGCAAUGCUCACAAGUUUACCCAAUGUUGUUCUUUGGUGUGAUGUGCAAUUGACCAAGGAUGCAGUAGGGAUCUGCUUCCCUGACUUAAAGCUAAAUAAUGCUACUGAUAUUGAACUUGCUUCACCAAAUACGAGCAGCACAUACCUUGUCAAUGGGGUUUCAACGCAAGGAUGGUUCACUGUGGACUAUGACAUGGACUUCCUGCAGAAAAAUAUCUUAUUAUUUCGAGGAAUUGAUUCCCGAACACCGAAAUUUGAUGCUAAGUAUCCUGUCCUAGCCGUUGAAGAUGUGGCUUCAUUUGAACCCUCAGGCUUAUGGCUGAAUGUUCAGCAUAAUUUAUUUUUCACACAACAUAAUUUGAGUAUGAGAAGCUAUGUGCUUUCAGUAUCAAAGAGAGUUAUAGUUGAUUAUAUCUCAUCACCAGAAGUUGGUUUUCUAAGAAGUAUAUCAGCACGAUUUAAUUCAACCACGACCAAACUGGUAUUUCGUUUUCUUGGAGCAGGAGAUACCGAGCCUUCAACAAACAAGACUUAUAGUUCACUUUUGAGGAACCUUACUUUCAUCAAGACGUUUGCCUCUGGAAUUCUUGUUCCUAAGAGCUACAUCUGGCCUGUUGCUGGUGACCAAUAUCUAUUACCUCAUACAUCUCUUGUUUUGGAUGCUCAUAAGCAAGGACUGAAAGUUUAUGCGUCAGAUUUCGCAAAUGAUGCAUCUUUCAGCUACAACUAUAGUUAUAACCCAAUGUCUGAGUACCUGUCAUUUGUUGACAAUGGCAACUUUUCUGUUGAUGGAGUAUUGUCAGACUACCCGAUAACUGCAUCAGCAGCCAUAAGUUGCUUUGCUCACAUGGAAAACAACAGCUCCGGACCAGCAACUCCUAAGGUUAUAUCACACAACGGAGCUAGUGGAAUGUUCCCUGGAUGUACUGAUCUUGCAUAUAGCAAAGCCAUUACAGAUGGUGCAAAUUAUAUCGACUGUCCUGUCCAAAUGACGAAGGAUGGAGUCCCUGUUUGCUUAAGCUCUAUAAACCUUUUAGACGGAACAGAUGUUGCUCAAUCAGCCUUUGGCUCUCUCUCUGUUAUCAUUCCAGAGAUUCAAGGAAAUCCUGGAAUCUUUACCUUCAAUCUAACAUGGGAAGAAAUUAAAACCUUGAAACCGGUAAUAUCGAACCCGUCUUUUGACUACCAGCUCCUCCGGAAUCCAGCAAACAAAAAUGCAGGAAGUUUCGUCUCAUUGGCUCACUUUUUAACGUUGGCAUCGAGCAAGCGACUUUCUGGUGUCUUAAUCAACAUAGAGCACGCAGCCUAUCUUGCAGAGAAGCAAGGUUUGGGCAUCACCGAUGCCGUCAUUGAUGUUCUAAACAAAUCUGGUUACAAGAACGGAACAACCAAAAAUGUUAUUAUCCAGUCUACAAAUAAAGCAGUUCUGACCGCGUUUAAAGCACAAUCAAGGUACAAGCGCAUGUACAUGAUUGAUGAGGAUAUUAGCUUCGUCGAUGACUCAUCCAUCAAAGACAUACAGAGCUUUGCUGAUUCUGUUGCUAUCAGCAAAGAAUCCAUCUUUACUAGUGAGCAACUCUUCCUCACUGGUUCCACUAAAGUUGUCCCUAGGCUGAAGUCAUUCAACCUCACAGUGUACGCGUAUCUGUUUAGAAACGAGUUUGUGUCUCAGGCAUGGGAUUUCUUUUCCGACCCAACCGUGGAGAUCACCUCUUAUGUUCAGGGAGGUGGGAUUGAUGGAGUCAUCACUGACUUCCCUGCCACAGCUGCAUCAUACAAAAAGUCUCGGUGUGUAAAAACAUUGCCACCUUACAUGAGGGCUGCUCCACCUGGCGGUCUCUUGCCACUCAUCACCACCCAAGUUUUGCCACCUGCUGAGGCUCCAAACCCGGUCUUGACGGAUGCUGAUGUGUCAGAGCCACCUUUGCCUCCUGUUUCAAAGAAAGGAGACGACGAUGUGAACCCGUCUUCAGGUGGCCCAACCCCAUCUAAACCAGGCGGUCCAACCCCAUCGAAUGCAGGGAAGAUGGCAGGGUUUUUCUUUUCAUCUCUUUCAAGGUUCUUCGCAUCUCUUCUACUACUAAUAAUAGUGAUAUGAACAUGAAUACAAAUACCAACUCGUGUAUGUAUAUGUUAUGGGCCAAUGGGCUAUCCUUGAGUUGUAUGAUAAUUCCAGAUUGGCUGCAAAGAAUUUUCCUCAUUGAUUUUGAAACCUGUUUUGAGGCAUACUCAUUUUUUUGAGGCAUACUCAUUCAUUAUACUA